AUGGUCGCGGCGAGUAACCCCAAUACAGGUGAGCGACCAAUGCCCAAUAUACCUGAGGAGCAGAUACCUCAUGAUGAAGAUUACCCACGACGACUUGGAAAGCAGCUCAUGUUGGCAGAAGCAACAAAGCACAACGAAGAGUUAGCCAAACAGGUUGCUGGCACCCAGACACCUCCUCGGAGGCCUAGGGGACGUCCUCUUGGGAGCACGGCCGCCAGGAGGGCGGAACAGAUGCCGCCACCAGCAUCUCAGCCAAUUUGGCCAAGGCCCCAGAGGAGUAACCGGGCUGAGGGUACUACCAACCCAAUUGUAGAAGCACAAACAGGAACAGGAAAUAACCGAGCCCCCUCAAUGGCUCGGAACCCGAAUCCUAAUGCUACGCAAAACAACCCGGGGUUUGACCAAGAAAAUUUGGGACCAUUUAGGCUCGGCAAUGGGAGACAGCCACCGUCACUCAUAAGAAACCCACCAUCGCCAAUAAGGCACCCCUCGCCAGUCCAGGAGGUUCCACGACCUACACAUCGAGAUGGAAAUCGAUGGGCUAGGCAUGGACAAGGGAAUGAAAAAGAAGCAACCCGAGAUCGCAAGACUCCACAGCCUGCGGGAAGCCAAAUGUCAAGAUCACAUACUACUGGGACAAGGAGGCCAGCUGGGGACCCACCUCAUAAUAACUGA